UCCCUGUAAGAUCUGAGGCAUCAGAUCGUCCGCGCAUCUGUCCGAUAGUCCAAAGUUUAUUAAAAUUCAUCCACCCCUUCGGCCCUCAUGGAUCCCAAUCGAAUCAUACAGGCUCUGAAGGGCACCAUAGACCCCAAUCUCAGGCUCGCGGCUGAGAAUGAACUCAACCAGUCCUACAAGAUCAUCAACUUCGCCCCAACUCUUCUACAGAUCAUAGUGUCGGAGCAGGUGGAGUUUCCCGUGCGACAGGCAGCUGCCAUCUACCUGAAGAACAUGGUGAGUCAGUACUGGCAAGACCGGGAGCCCACACUGGGAGAGGUGGUGUUUCCCUUCAACAUCCACGAAAAUGACCGCGGACAGAUCCGGGAAAACAUGGUGGAGGCCAUUAUUCGCUGCCCCGAGUCCAUAAGGGCUCAGCUGAUGGUAUGUUUGCGGGCCAUAAUAAAGCAUGAUUUUCCUGGCCGGUGGACAGGUGUAGUGGACAAGAUUAACUUGUAUCUGCAGUCCCAGAACAGUGGCAGCUGGUAUGGCAGUCUGCUCGCGCUUUACCAACUCGUCAAAAACUAUGAGUUUAAGAAAGCCGAGGAGCGGGACCCGCUGUUAGCAGCCAUGCAGAUCUUCCUGCCGCGGCUCCAGCAGCUCAUCACUCAACUCCUGUCUGAUGCCACAUUCAUCUCAGUCCUCAUCCAGAAGCAGAUCCUCAAGAUUUUCCAUGCACUUGUACAGUAUUCAUUCCCUCUACAGCUGAUUAACAACACAGUCAUGACGCACUGGAUGGAGAUCCUACGGACUGUUGUGGAUCGGGACAUCCCUGCUGAAACUCUGGAAGCUGAUGAGGACGAUCGACCUGAGCUGAUUUGGUGGAAAUGCAAGAAGUGGGCUCUGCAUAUCCUCACAAGGAUGUUCGAGAGAUAUGGCAGUCCAGGAAAUGUAACAAAGGAAUAUGUAGAGUUUGCGGAUUUCUUCUUGAAGACGUAUGCUGUAGGCAUCCAACAGGUGCUAUUAAAGGUGAUGGAGCAGCACAGACAGCGGCAGUACGUGAGUCCUCGUGUCCUCCAGCAGACGCUGAGCUUCAUGACCCAAGGCGUUUCACAUUCACUCACAUGGAGACAGAUGAAGCCGCACAUGCAGACUAUAACUCACGAGCUGGUGUUUCCACUGAUGUGCUAUAAAGAUGAAGAUGAACGUCUUUGGCAGGAGGAUCCGUAUGAGUACAUCCGCAUGAAAUUCAAUGUCUAUGAUGAUCAUGUGUCUCCUGCCACCGCUGCUCAGACUCUAUUAUGCACAGCAGCCAGGAAGAGGAAAGAGGUUUUGCCGCAGAUGAUGGAGUUUUGCCAUCAGAUCCUUGUGGAUCCCAGUGCGGACCCCCGCAGGAAGGACGGGGCUCUGCAUGUGAUCGGAACUCUCGCUCAACCCUUGCUGAAGAAGCGAGUGUACAGGGACCAGAUGGAGCUCAUGUUACAAAAUUAUGUGUUUCCGCUACUUAACUCAAAUCUAGCCUACUUAAGGGCUCGGUCGUGCUGGGUGCUGCACUCUUUCAGUCCUCUGAAGUUUCACAAUGAGCUAGUCCUGAGGAACGCAGUGGAGCUGGUCAAGCACAACCUUGUGGAGGAUAAGGAGAUGCCAGUCAAAGUGGAGGCUGCCAUCGCCCUGCAGACGCUGGUCAGAAACCAGGAGCAAGCUAAGGUCUACAUCCGGCCCUUUAUCAGGCCUGUGAUGCAGGAGCUGCUGCACAUCAUCAAAGAAACCGAAAACGAUGACCUGACCGGCGUCAUUCAGAAGAUGAUCUGCGAAUACAGCGAGGAAGUGACCGUCAUUGCUGUGGAUAUGACACAGAACUUGGCGGAGAUCUUCAGCAAGAUCCUCCAGAGUGAAGAAUACGAGGAAAGUGAAGAUAAGACUGUGAUGGCCCUCGGUAUCCUCAGCACCAUAGACACCAUCCUCACUGUCAUGGGAGACCGCAAAGAGAUCAGUCAACAACUGGAGGGAAUUUGCCUGCAGGUGAUUGGUCUCGUCCUCCAGAAACCCAUCAUAGAGUUUUAUGAGGAGAUCUUGUCGCUGGCCUUUGGACUCACCUGUUAUUGCAUCUCCCCUCAGAUGUGGCAGCUGUUGGGGGUCCUGUAUGACGUCUUCCAGCACGACUGCUUCGACUACUUUACAGAUAUGAUGCCCCUGUUGCACAAUUAUAUUACCGUGGACACCAAUAUGUUGCUGUCAGAUCCAAAGUACCUGGAGGUCAUCUACACCAUGUGCAAAAAGGUUUUAACUAGUGAUGCUGGAGAGGACCCAGAAUGCCAUGCUGCCAAACUUCUGGAGGUCAUUAUAUUACAGUGUCGUGGACGCGGCAUUGACCAGUGUAUCCCUCUGUUCGUGGAGGCCGUGCUGGAGCGUUUAACUCGUGGUGUGAAGUCCAGUGAGCUGCGCACCAUGUGUCUGCAGGUGGUCAUCGCAGCUCUAUACUACAACCCAACACUGCUGAUCCACACACUGGAGAACAUCCGCUUCUCUCACAGUCCAGAGGCAAUCACAGCACAGUUCAUCAAUCAGUGGAUGAACGACACUGAGUUCUUUUUAGGACUACAUGACCGUAAGAUGUGCGUCAUUGGGCUCAGCAUUCUGAUGGAGCUGCCUAGCCGCCCCGCCGUCCUGGAGGAGGUAGCGGGUCAGAUCGUCCCCUCCGUCCUCCUCCUGUUCCUGGGUUUAAAGCACAUCUACGCCUCCCGAGUGCUUAACAAACCAGAGCAGUUCGGAAGAGCUCAAGGCUCAGAGGAGGAAGAGAAUGAGGAGAUUCCUAGCGAUGAGGAUGAGGUUGGAGAGAAAGGAGUAGCCCUGCAGCCGUCCGGCACUCCCACAGGAAACGACAAUGAGGAUGACGAUGAUGAGGACGAUGAUGAAUACUGGGAUGACGAGGCUCUUGAAGGGACCCCAUUAGAGGAGUACAGUACGCCACUAGACUGCGACAAUGGAGAGGAUGAAUACCAGUUCUUCACCGCCUCCCUGCUCCGUGUUCAGAGUUCAGAUGCAGGCUGGUAUCAGUCGCUCACGUCUCCUCUGAAUGAAGACCAGAGGAAGCAGCUGCAGGAGAUCUACAACCUGGCGCAGCAGAGGAGAAGCACAGGAGUCAAAGGACUGUGAGACGUGGCUGUUGUUCAGAGAGAUCUGACACUUUGGAUUUGGUUCUGCAAAGAGCUCAGACAGCGGAAACAGCCUGAACUCUGGUCGCAUUUCAGUCAGGAUGGGUGGCAUCUUUAACCCAGGACCCAAAGCAAGCUCUUCAGAACCAAGACUCUUAGCAGGAACUGGUCAGGAAGGACUUGAUGAGGUCAAAGAGGUUACUCUGGGUCCCUCAAACCUGUGUGUCUGCACAUCUGUACAGAACUGUGUGUGUGUGUGUGCAGAAGGAUUGUGUGUGUGUGUGUGUGUGAGUAAUUGAAUGUUAUAUAUUCUAUUUCUCUCAGUCUCUCCUCCAUUUGCUACGAGUCAGUAAGAAAACAGUGAGGAUGGACGGAUAUCGCUUAAGACUGACGCUCAGAUGGAGGGAUUUGCCAUGUUGGUCAGUGCCUUCAGAGAUGCAUAGGCAUUUUUCUGCCCGAACAGAUGAAAUGUUGCACUGGCUUGAUGUCAGAAGGACGAUGUUUAUAGCUGUCACAUGUUUGUAUGUUUCAAAGUUUGUUUUUGUAAUGGUCAGUUUUCAAAAUUAACUUAAGUCAUAAAGGUUAUAAUAACA